CUCUACCAUCACUCCUGCCUAGUUCGACCCGAUCUUGCCCGCGCCAACCAAAGCCAACGGAGCAUCCAUUUAUCCCAAUCUAAUAGCUCUUCUUUGUAAAAUUGCACGAUAUCACAAGAGACAACGAUCCUCUUAAGAUGUCUGUAGCACACCAUUUACUCACCCUCCCCCGCGAAAUUCGCGACGAGAUCUACUCCUGGAUCCUCAUUUCCCCGACCGGCUACGUGCGACCCAUCAAUACAGGCCACUCACCAACAGAUCCCAUGCCCGCCAAUCCGCAAUUUACGUACAGUCACCACACACCCUUCCAACGAACAUCUUCCGAGAGCAUAUCCUUCACCAUUUUACGAACGUGUCGGCAGAUUUACGUGGAAGCGAAGGACGUGUUCUGGAAGAACAAUAUAAUCGUCGUCCGAUGGACACAAAACAAAGAUGCGUGGAGGGAAGAUAUGGGGAUUUGCCGAAGUAUUAUGAUGCGGGAGAAUGAUCGAAUUGCUAAGGAGAUGCUGGGGAAGUUCAGAUCGCAGGGAGAGUUGGUUGCGUGGGGCGUUUUGGAUGGUGAUACGGGGAGGUGGAGAGAGGGUUGUGUGCGGGGUAGGUGGGAUUUCGAAGGCAUUAUUCCUCGCUUCUUCACACUUCCGAAUUUGACGAAGAGGUAA